AUGUCACACACAACAAAGCAGCUCAAGAAAGCUGCGCGCAUCAUUCUUGUCGGUGCGCCGGGGGUGGGAAAGGGUACACAAUCAGAGCGCCUGCUGGCUCGAUUUCCCCAGCUGGCCUCAAUCAGCUCUGGAGACCUCCUGCGCGAGAAUGUGCGCCGUAAGACGGCACUGGGUCUUCAAGCCGAAGCCGCAAUGCAAUCUGGCAAUCUGGUCCCAGACUCGAUGAUUCUCAGCCUGAUCUCCUCCGAACUGAAAUCCAAGGGCUGGCUCCCUCCUCCCUCGUCAUCUUCCGAACCCUCAACAUCUCAGUCCUCCGCCUCGAAUCCCACACUAUCACCCUCCGCUUCAUUUAUCCUCGAUGGUUUCCCCCGUACGGCGAUUCAAGCAACCAGUUUGGACAGCCUAGUCCCAGUGAACUUCGUUGUGAAUCUCAUAACCCCACCUUCAGUCAUACUCUCUCGAAUUGCGUCCCGCUGGGUUCACGAGCCGUCAGGUCGGGUCUACAACACGGAUUUUCACGCGCCAAAGGUGCCCGGAAAGGACGAUGUUACUGGCGAGCCAUUGACGCAGAGGCAGGACGAUUCAAUUGACACCUGGAUGCAACGGCUGAGGAAGUUCGAGGAAACCAGCAGGGCUCUGCUCGAGCAUUACGACCGCCGUGGCUGUCUCUGGCGUGUGGAGGGCAAUUCGAGUGACGAGAUAUCCCCUCAAUUGUUUGCGGAGGUCGAGCGCAGGUUCUGCUGA